GUCGUUGUUGUUAUGAUAAAGUUGUCGUAAAAAAUAGUAUCAGAGAAUAAAAUAAUAUUAUACGGCUACAACUACUACUAGUAGGCAGUUGAUAACACAAUCAUCUGUAUUCUACAAUAAGUCUGCCGUAUUCCGGUAUUCGCCUGUAUUAGUGUAUUGACUAUUUUUUUUUUCAUAGUGUCUACUCAACGACCGUCUACUGUGUAUUGCCUAAUAUCUGAUAUCUGUACCUUAGAACAUUUUAGUCAGUACUUUUUACUCAGUAUUUAUCUACCGUUCGCCAUAUUUUAAGAAGUCGCAAUUUGCCUGACCCCCUGCAGUCUGCAUGCAUUUACUUUAAGAGUACAAUACAUCACUUUAGGAGGAGCUAUGGAUUUUGAUAGCCCGGACGUAGAAAAAGAUUUCCCAGGCUUGUAUACGUCCACGGAAAUCGGACACAAAGACUCUGACGGUAAACGAAAAGAGAAAAAAGACCGUGGUUAUGCAGCGCUGGAAGGUGAAAGCUCUCCAGAAGAAGAACCUGAUGCAAAAAGUCCUUCAAAAAUAAAAAAAAUAAAACCAUUUAAAUUUCCUACAAAAAAAGAAAAGCAUGAGAAACUCAAAGAUAAAGAUUCUAAAGACAUACCUAAAGAAAAGAAAAAAGAUGGGGAAAAGGAUAAAAAGAAAGAUAAACUCAAAAGUAAAAUAAAAGAAAAAAAGAAACAGAAAGGCUCUGAUGGAAAAGAUGUUAUAGACAUUGGUUCUUUAUAUGAAAAUCAACCUGUUUUUGGAGUUCCAUUAGAAAUAUCAUUUGAACGAAAUCCAUGCCAUGACGAUAUACACUUACCAUUAGUUCUGAGAAAUUGUAUCGACUAUGUACAAAUGCAUGGUUUAUGUACUGAUGGUGUGUAUAAAGUGCCUGGUGUGAAAUCGAAAGUACAAAGCCUUAAAAUUCAAUAUAAUAGACGGCAAUCUGUCAAUUUGACUGAUUAUGAUUUAGCUGUUGUUACGAGUCUAUUGAAACAAUAUUUAAGAGAACUUCCCGAUCCUAUAUUGACACCGGACCUUUUAUCAAAAUUUGAAGAUGCUGCCGAAACACAAAAUAUUGAAUUGGCAAAGUUGUUAAUUUCAGAACUUCCACUAUGCAAUAAGCAUACACUCACAUGGUUAAUAGUUCAUUUUACCAGUAUCAUAGAAAACGAAAAAUAUACUAAAAUGAAUACUACAAACUUUGGCUGUGUCCUCUGUCCUGUUCUUCAAAUGUCCCAAACUUUAUUUUCAUUCCUUGUAACAAAAAAAAAUGACUUGUUUCCUUCUGCUAUUUUACACAAAUAUAUACCGCCUUUAAGAUGUGCAAGCCCUUACUUACCAUCAGGUAGAGAAGAAAUGACCAUUGAAUUAAAAAAACAAGAAUCACUUCUUGGUUAUAUUCACCGUGAAAUGAAUGCUGGUUUUGUAUGUAAAACUAAAGAAGAAGAGUUGUGGGAUGUACAAAGAAUCAUUACACAAUUGAAAAGAAAACUUAAGGUAUUGGAAAAAGAUAACCACAAAGUUUCAAAAGAAAAGACCAAAGUAGAAGAUCAGAUGAAUGGAAAGUUUGAAGAAGUUGGAACUCAAACAGUACUAGACAGACAAAACUCUAACAACAGUGUAUCUGUCAAAGCUGAGGUAGUAUCAAUAACAAGUGAUACUAUUAAUAUUUCAAACUGUGAGAGUUCAUUAGUUGAUGAAGAGAUACAAACAACCACUUCAGAUAGUGAUAAUGAAGAAUUAGUCUUACAAUAUGAAUCUGAAGAAUUAAUGUCACUCAUUGCAAACUUAAAAGACUAUAUAGUUCAAGAAAAAUGUGAAAUUGAUAAAUUGCAUACUAAGUUGGCAUCAGUUGGAAAAAAUGUCAAUGCUAGAGAAUAUUUUAUGUAUCCAAUUGAUGAAACAACAGUUGCGAACAGUCCAUUGUUGAGUGAAUAUAAAAUGCUACAAUUCCAGAAAAUGAACUUGUUAAAAAGUAUAGAAGAAGAACGAGAGGCCAUACUUGAUUUAAAAAUACAAAUAAAAUUAGCAAAACGUAAACAUAUUUCAGUUUUGUAAAAUGCAAUUACUGAAAUUUCAUAACUUAUUUUUAUUUUUAUUUUUUAGUUUAUACCCUAAUAUGAUGAUAUUUUUUUAUACUAUGACUAAAACUUUUGAUUGCCAUCAUUACAUAUUUAAAAUGUUAAUAAAAUGAUUAAAAUUGUUUCUAUUAUAAAUAAUAUUUAUGUGAACAUUUUUAAUGUAAAACUUUUUUCCGGAUAUUUAUAUACAAAAUUAAUAUUUUUAUAAUUGUAUAGACUUAUUAUUUAUUUAGUUGUUUUGAAUUACUUAUAACUAUAAAUUACAGUUGAGUAAAUUUAUUUUACAUUUUAUAGAAUUGUUAUUAUAUAUUUAUUAUUAUAUUUAGUAAACAAUAAUUGUUUUUAAGGUGUUACUAAUGACCAGUUAAAAUUAUAAAAAUUAAACAUAACUAAAUAAAUGUGUGUCAUUUAA